GUUGGAUCUUACUACAAUUAAGAUUUGCUUGAAUAUGGAAACUACUCAACAGGAAUCUCAGGAUGAAACUAAGAAACCAGAAGAAUUAUCUGUAGAAGAGGAAAAGGCUAAACAUGAACUAGCAUUGUACUACAAUGAAAGAGUGAAACUUCAUCCAAACAACAAAGAGGAACUUAGGGAAAGGUGUGAGUUAAUUUAUACUAACCUCAAAAAUGAAAAUAUUCUUAAAUCGAAGAUGCUUACACAGCCAACAUUCGAGUUGAUCCCAGUUGAAUAUUUAGCUAAGAUCCAUUCACAGAGCUUGAUAGAUAAGGUUCUCAGUUUUGAGGAAUACGAUGAAAACAUUAUUACAUCUGUAUUUGGAGAAGACAAUUAUGAAAACAAACAUACCACAGAAGCGGCAAGAAUUGCGGCUGGAGGAGCAUACCAAGCGAUGAAAGAUGUACUUUCAUCUACAUCCACUGUAAAAUCAGCAUUUGCAUUAGUAAGACCUCCUGGUCAUCAUUCUUGUGUCUCAGAGACAGAUGGAUAUUGCUUUUUCAACAAUGCAGCUGUUGCUGCCACAUAUGCUAAAGAGUUGUUUGGCCUUAAGAAAAUCUUAAUCCUAGACUGGGACGUACAUCAUGGAGACGGAACUCAAGAAAUCUUUUAUAAUGAUCCUGAAGUGUUCUAUAUGUCUAUGCAUAGAUGGGAGAAUGGGAUAUAUUUCCCUUCUAAAGAGACAUCAAACUAUACUUUUACCGGUGGAGAGAACGCAAAAGGAUUCAAUUUAAAUAUCCCUUGGAAUACCACCAAGACUAUAUUAGAACCAAGUAGUGUGGGUACCAAAGAGUACAAGUAUCUGUUCGAAAAUCUUUUGUUUGGCAUAAUUGAAGAAUAUGCUCCUGAAUUCAUCAUCCUCAGUGCAGGAUUCGAUUCUGCUAAAGGUGAUCCUCUUGGACAGCAACAAGUUGAACAUGAAUUUUAUUAUUGGGCAUGCCAAAAUUUACAAAAGCUUUGCCCAAAAAUCAUGUUACUACUCGAAGGAGGAUACAACAAGUACACAAUUGUUAAUUGCUCUACUCUUUGUGUUCAAGCUCUUAUGGGUUAUGAGAAAGCAAUCCAUCUUGAGGAUUCAAAGAUAGAAGAUAUUCUUCCAGAAGCAAUAGAGUCCAUCAAAAAUGCUGCUAGUGCUCACUCAGAAUAUUGGAACACUGCAAAAACACUAACUGAACAAAUUGGAAAGGAAUAAUAUUUUCAGUAAAAA